AUGGGGGCUGAGGUUUCUUCAAAGCCGGCUGCAUCCACUAUGAAGAAGCCUUUUGGCCUCAGCGGCAAGAUGGGCAAGUGGUGCUGCCACUGCUUCCCCUCCUGCAGGGGGAGUGGCAAGAACCACGUAGACUCUAGGGGAGACCACGACGACAUCGCCUGUUUGGAGCCAAGGUAACACGUCCGUCGAGAAGAUCUGGGCAAGCUCCACAGAGCUGCCUGGUGGGGUAAAGUCCCCAGAGCGGAUCAGAGGCGGAAUCAUAUUCAUAUCCAGCAAGGACAAAAGAGGACUGCUCUACAUUUGGCCUGUGGGAAUUCAGAAGUAGGAAAACUCCUGCUGGAUAGAAAAUGUCAACUUCGUGUCUUUGACAGCAAAAAGAGGACAGCUCUAACACAGGCUGUACGAUGUGCGAUACUUUUGCUACAACAUGAUAUUGAUCCAAAUCUUCCGGAUCUGUAUGGCAAUACUGCCCUACACUAUGCUGUCUACAGUGAAGAUAGAUUAAUGGCCAAAACACUGCUUUUAUACAAUGCUGAUAUCGAAUCAAAAAACAAGGGUGGCCUCACACCACUUUUACUCGGUGUACAUGGACAGAAACAGCAAAUGGUGGAAUUUUUAAUCAAGAAAAAAGCUAAUUUAAAUGCACUUGAUAGGUUUGGAAGAACUGCUCUUAUACUUGCUGUACGUUGUGGAUCAGCAAGUAUGGUUAGCCUUCUGCUUCAGCAAAAUAUUGAUGUAUUUUCUCAAGAUGUAUCUCGGUGGACUGCUGAAGAUUACGCUAUUUCUAGUCAUCAUAAUAUAAUUUGCCAAUUACUUUCUGACUAUAAAGAAAAACAGAUGCCAAAAAAAUGUUCUGAAAACAGCAAUCCAGAACAAGACUUAAAGCUGACAUCAGAGGAAGAGCCACAAAGGCUUAAAGGAGGUGAAAAUAGACAGCAUGAGAAAAUGUCUCAAGAACCAGACGUAAAUAAGGAUUGCGAUAGAGAGGCUGAAGAAGAAAUGCAGAGGCAUGGAAGUAAUAACGUGGGAAUAUCAGUAAACCUGACUGAUGGUGCUGCUGCUGGCAAUGGUGAUGAUGGAUUAAUUCCACAAAGAAAGAGCAGAAAACCUGAAAAUCAGCAAUUUCCUAGCACAGAGAAUGAAGAAUAUCAUAGGCCUGAAAAGAAAUUUAAUGAAAAGAACAAGGUCAAAAGCGAAAUACAGUCAGUGGAUGACCUGGAUGACAUAACGUGGCCAUCUGAAAUAGCCUCAGAGGAUUAUGAUUUGCUUUACCCUAAUUAUGAGACUUUUAUGUCGCUUGCUGAACAACUCAAAAUGGAUUUUAACGGUUCUACUAGCCUAUCAAAAAUCCAGGAUGCAGUUCUUUCAGAUGAAUAUUUAUUAGAACUUAAAAAUAAUCACCGUGAACAACUUACAGUAGAAAUUGAAAAAAUGGAAAAUAUGAUUCAUGUACUACAAAAGAAGCUGUCUGAAGCAAAAGAAACACAAUUACAGUUAGAGCAUGAAAAAGAUGAAUGGGAGCAAGAACUCUCUGCUUUGAGAUUGACCUUAAAACGAGAAGAAGAAAAGAGAAAGGAUGCUGAGAUGUUGUAUAAAAAAGGUAGUGAAGAGUUAGAAAGAAAAGAAGAGGAAUAUAGGAAAGAUGUUGAAAUGAACCAACAACUGAAACGGACUCUGAAAAUACGAGCCAUGGAAUUGGGGACACUAAGAAAGAAUUUGGAUCAGAAUGAUACUCAGAAGCAACUUUCCGAAGAACAGAAUGCUACAAUAUUACUAAAUAAGAUUCUGUUUAACAAACCAAAGCAGAUAGAAGUAGCUGAAAAAAAAAAUGAUUAGAUUUCUCUUAGCCAUAAGAAAGAAGAUCUUUUGCAUGAAAAUAGCAUGCUGCAGGAAGAAAUUGCCAUGCUAAGACUGGAACUGGAUACAGUAAAACAUCAGAAUCGACAUUUUGAGGACAUUGAAAGUGUGAAAGAAGAGCAUGAUAAUCUUCUAAAGGCUAUAAAAUUGAAUGAGGAAGCAAGAACAGUAUUUCAGUACAAUGGACAGCUUAGCAUCUUCACAACUGAGAAUAAAAUGCUCAGUUCUGAGCUGAAGAAUGUAAAACACAACAAGGAAUGA